ACAAAUCAUGUUUUAAUGUUCUUAAUUUAUUAAAAGUUUAUGGGAAAUUCGUAGCUCGUGAGAAGAGUUUAUAUUGGAUUGUUGGACAAGUACACAUCGUAGAAGUAAAUUUGAGAUUUAAAAUGAAAAUUAAUAAGGCAAAAUUCGAUCGUUUUAAACUCCAUAAAUUAUGAAUUAAAUCAAAAUUGCUGCGUCGCCGAGAGUAAUAGAAUGGUAUGUAGAAAUUUAAGUAGCUGUAUGAGAAACUGAAAAUUGUUGAAAGACAGUGAAAGGUACACUUGUAUGCAUAUGAGAAUUCUCACACUUUCAUUCCGCCUCGCAAAAACUGGUUGUUUAGUAUUAUAGAGAUGAGAUCGUGGUAGUAAGGUCGGAAUGGAAAUUCUCAUAAAUUAUUUCGUGCCGUGAAAUCGUUGUUUCGUAGAUUUUCAUUGAACAAGUGAUACAAUUUCUCUAUUCUUAUUCAUGCAGCGUUACUUUCAUAAUAUUAGUACUAUUCCUACACGAAAUCAAAUCAAAAGUUAUUCAUACGGUGCUUUAUUAAAAAACACGUUCCUUUUUUUUUUUUUUUUUUUUAGAUGAUGUAAUGAAAUAUAGAGAAAAGAUCUUUUCUUUUUAAACUUAUAAGCUCGUCUAACGUUAGUCACAUACCAUAUAUUGUUUGCUAAAGAAAGGGAACAAGGAAACAUUGGUAUCUUCAUAAGAUCUUUGCCUGUAUUACGAUGAAUCUUUCCUGCUUAAUAUUCUGUUCACAAGUUCGCGUGUUUUGUUCGAAUUUAAGUGUUCCUAAGAAGCAAGAAAAAAUUCCGCGUUUAGAAUGCGCACAUUCGAAAGACGUGCCCGUCUUUACAUUCAAUUCAUUAGGAGGGAAGAUGGUGGGGAUAAGCGGGGACGUCGGGUAUUGCCGAUAGACGGCGUAUGGCGGAGCAGUUCAUUUCUGUAAUGGCCGCUGUCUGGCGUUGUCGGUGAAUCGGUCUCUUUUGUAGUCUCGCAAACGAAAUAUCGCAUAGCAUCGUUGUUUUAGGAAAAUUCAGUGCGCGGCAAUCCACGUGACGAGAGGUGCGGUGUUCGCUGGUGCAUAGUGUGUACAGUGAUGUAUAUGUUGUGACCUCAGAACAGACGAUCUGUCGAGAAAAUUCAAAUCGGAUGUGCACUGGUGUCCCACUGUUUACUCGGCUCACCGACCGUUCACGAUUCUAGAUCGAGAAAAUAUCGCACUAGUAAUAAGAAGAUCGUGAUCGCACGAUAUGCAAUCGAGUAUCGUGGGCUUGCGUCGCGUCAUUUCGGAGUCGCAAGGUUCCAUUGAGCGAAGGUUCAUCCUCGGACAGUAAACAAAAGUGACAGCGUGCAGAUGCCGUUCGGUCAUGCCUCCCGUCUCGUCUGUAUUUGUCGAUAGUAUUUGACGUCCUGUUCUUCGCGAGCCCGAAUUCUCUCACGUAGUUCAAGGUCUUCUAAAAUCAACCUAACACCACGCUGCCAACAGGCCCAGCGAAUUUCACGCCGCUUUCGAGAUCGAACGUGUAUCCCGAGCGUGUUCGUCACUGACAGUAACACUGACCGCGCUUUUCUCAGUUAUCGCUCGCGUUGUUGUGUCUUUUUCAAGGACUUGCCCCAUAAUUUCUGACUCGAAAAAAUUAACAUCUUCGUAAGACUUAAAGCAAGAGAAACAGCGGACGCAUCGUUUUCACUCCCGCAGGUUUCCAGCGAGUUUGAGCUAGGUCAGUGCGGUGAAUCAUUGCAGAGGGAUGAAUCUGAUUAACCGCUCUUCAUUAUUACGCCUUUCAAUAUAUAUUUAUUAUAAUAAGGUUUUUGCAAUUGAAACAGUUCGAGCGUGUACGAUCGAAACGAAAAGAGGUUAGCGUAUUGACUAGUCUUUUGGGAUGCAGAUUUCUUCCAGAAUAGCCAAAAUCUCCUCCCCACGUUUCGAGGACGCUCGAAGAGGAGAGAGAUGUGCCAAGUUUCGCCGCUGCGGAUAUUCCAUGUGGUUCUCGAGUUCAUCGACGUUGACUGGUUGCCGCACUGCGUCCCCUGCUAGGAUCAUGUCCUAGUCCACUGUGAUUCCUCGAUGCGCGUGAUCCCACUGCCAAAAGAGAGAGACGAGCGUAGCAUACCGAAGUUUAAAUCUGAUCCUGACAUGUCGGGCUACCGCUUCAAGGACGUAGCUCGUUGUCGCCUCGAGAGUCUUCCCGAUCGAGAAUCGACGACCUCGUUCGUUUGAACGGCGAAUCAAGAGACGUUGUCACGUCCACCGACAAGACUGAUAAUCUGUGUAAUGCAGCGCGCAAAGGCGACGACCUUCCGUCCCGAUUCAAGCUGCUCAAUCUUUUCACAAUAACGGCGAAAAUGUUCGGCAAGGUGCCACCGUCGAACACACCCGGACCGCCUUCGAACGAUGGAACGUUGGUCAAGCCGUGCGCCAGACCCAGUGGAACCGCGUGUUUGCCGUGUUUCUCGGUCGACGAGACGCCAGCCACGCUCACCGAGGAAAAGUCGAAACCUUGGAGGCCGAAAGACCACUGUAUGCCCGUAGUCUCCGAGGCACCCUCUACGGGAAUAGAGGACAAGCAGAAGCUCUGGAGAUCGAAGGAAAACGGUAACUCCUCCGUCAUCUUCGAUCCACCUUGUAUCACCGAUGACAACUCGAAACCGAAGAGAGCGAAGGAAGGAUCGUGCUCCCUGAACGAGUAUCCGACUCUCACGGACGACAAGACGAAAUCGUGGAGAUCUAAGGAGAGUUGCAACGUUAGCGCGGUACCCGAUGUAGCUACCUUAAUCGAGGACAAAUCGAAAGUAAGAAGAUGUAAGGAAACGUGUACGUCCUCCGAGUGUCUGGACGAUAAAAAGCUUCGAAGGUCAACGAAGGAGUCCAGCGGCUCGUUGACGGUGGAGCCAGUUUCCAUUGAUGAUAAAUCUAACGUAUGGAGAAUCUCGAAAGACUCGAAUAAUACGGGAGGCGUCGAUCAAUAUGGUAGCUCGCAAACUCCUAGCUCCACGACUAAUUUUUCCCAAACGUCGAUCUCGUUCGCCGAGGUGAACAGACCUAGCAGGACCGAGUCGACUGGCUGCUCGGUCGCGAAGAACUCCUGCUCCAAAUACUCGGCCAAGGAGAUUUCUGGCCACGGAAGAAGUCACACGGUGGCGAAGGCGACGAGCGUCGCGUCGAACUUGGCCGCUCACAAGUGCACGUCCAACUCUAAUUGCACGAGCUACGGGAAAUCUUCGAGUUGCGCGUCGGCCAGUGCCACGAAAUCGCAGAGGGUGUUUGGUUCCGCUAGUCUGAGCAGUUUGAACGUCGACUCCGGCUCGAGAGACUCGUCGAAGUUGGCAAAAAAGCACGUCGGUUCGAACCGCGAUUUUCUCGCUGGUAAAGAGCAACAUUUACCCGGAGGAAAGUCUAUUUCCAGAGAGACGCAGAGGAGUGUCACGCAGGCUGCACCAUCGGCGGCAAGCAAACAAUCUACCGCGAAGCCUUCGGAUGCAGGACAACAUACGGUGUCGAACGGGAAGGGUCGACCCGUCUCGGAGUCUAACAGCGAGCUAGGUGACUCACCGAUGGACUUCACGGCGAUUUCUGUGAUUCAGUCGACCGAUGAAUCUUGCCAGAAGUCGUCUGCGAAAUCGUACGCUGCCAACAAUGAUAUGAUGGAGUUGGUGGUUUCGGCAACUUCGUCGUCGGGCACUUACGAGCAACGAAAUUGCAGAGGGGACUUUACCACGUCCACACCGUCGAAGGACUGGAUGAAGUCCAACGGCGACGCGUUGCAAAGUUGCAUUUCCUGUUUGCCGCAAGAUCUUCCAACGGAGCUGCAGUCUUCGCCCCGUAGUUACAGGGAACGAGAAAAGUGCCGUGAUCCAUGGCGACCCACCGAAAUGGAAAGCAAUAUCUGCAACCUGAAUGUGUGUCCUAGUGAUACGUAUCAGGAUACCGGCUCGAAAAGGAGGACAGGUGCUUCCUGUCAGGCGUUGAGGCAUGCGGUUGCCUCGUUGAACCGAUUGGAUGACUUUUAUAUGGAGAAGAUCGGUGCCGGAUUCUUUUCCGAAGUGUUCAAGGUUACCCACAAAGUGACGAGUCAGGUGAUGGUCCUGAAGAUGAACCAGCUGCCUGCGAAUAGGCCGAACAUGCUGAAAGAAGUUCAACUGAUGAACAAGCUCAGCCAUCCGAACAUACUCAGGUUCAUGGGAGUCUGUGUACACGAGGGUCAACUGCACGCCCUCACAGAGUACAUAAACGGCGGUAGCUUGGAACAGUUGAUCAUGUCGAGGCACACGCCUCUACCCCAUCCGAUCAGGAUGAAUCUGGCGAGAGACGUGGCACGGGGCAUGACCUACCUCCACAGUCGUGGAGUCUUUCAUCGGGAUCUCACGUCGAAAAACGUGCUGAUCAAGAAGGACGAAAGUACGUCGGAAAUGACCGCCGUGGUGGGCGAUUUUGGGCUGGCAGCGAAGAUCCCGGAUCCCAGUUCCGGAUACAGGCUGAGCACCGUAGGCAGUCCCUAUUGGAUGUCACCGGAAUGUCUGAAGGGUCAAUGGUACGAUCACAGGUCGGACGUUUUCUCGUUCGGUAUAGUGGUCUGCGAGUUGAUCGGCCGCGUGCCGGCCGAUCCGGACGUUCUACCACGGUCAGAUAACUUUGGCCUCGAUUACCUGGCCGUGGCAGAGAUCUGCGCGGCAGCUGAUCCGCCGCCAGCCUUUCUGCAGCUUGCCUUCAAUUGUUGCACUUACGAGCCAAAGUCAAGACCGACCUUCCACGAGAUUACCUGCAGCCUGGACACUAUGAUCAGCAACUACGAGGAGGAAUCGAAGAACAAUAUCGGUAAACGUCAGUCUGUGGAUCCUGCUCUCAUGUCCAGCAUGGACGAGAUCACUCGAGAAGGACGACCGACGAAGCGCAAGACCGCUCGUCUGCGGAGUCAAUCGGCGGACGCGAGAGGCUGCGACAACGCGACACCCUCCGACAAGGCUAGGUGUCAUUCCGUGAGAAGGGUAGCGGAACUGGCUAGCAGGCGGGACCCGCAUUACAGGCCUAUGACGGCGAAUCCGUUCCACGCGUUGGGUGGCGUGAAGAAAAUCCUUGGCAAUUUGUUCUCCAGCUGCUUGGAGCUUCCGUCUCUGGAGGAUGUCAGGCCAAGCGUCACAGAUGCUAUCGCCAAGUUCAAGCCAGCGCAGAACGACAGUAUCGCGAAGAUCUUGGACAGGAAGAAACCAAACUCGGAACCGAGCAGUCCGACCGCCAGGAAGAAAUGGGAGAGAAAGGUGGCUACAAAGGCGGGCGCUGCCAGCUUGUUCACUCAUCCGCUUUUCCGAGACGGAUGGGAGCCAAGAAGGCGAGGUAGCUGUGAGUCGGGUUUUUGGAGCUGCGUCGGCGAAGAUCUCAGCCCGGAGCCACCCAAUCGUCGACACACCUCCACCUUGAGCAGCUCCGCGGCAAGCAGCUUGUUUUUAUUGGACGACCAUCGAACCAGCUCGAUCUACACCGACUCGUCCGAAGAUAUAGCGAGCUUAGGAGGUGGCGACUCCUGUUGGGAGGAUAGAUUAAGCGGUAUCGGGUCUUCCAGUAAAACUAUCUCCAAGAUCGUCGAGUAUUUCGAGAGGAAGCAAGCGGGUAGCUUGCGACUUGCCGAUCACGAUGCCAGCUCUAGUAGGUUAACGUUCUUGAAAGCAAAUUUAGAGGGUCCCGUUCCAUUAUGCAGUAUCUCAGCCGCGCAGAGGUUAGUCGUUUGCGAGGGUGCGGUGCGCAGCAAAUUGCCCUUGUUUGACAAAAAGUGAUACGCGUCACUCGCACGUCGUACAGUUCGUUCCUUAGGGUUUCUUGGUUUUUUGCCGACGUUUCUGGACCGCGUGAAAGCGCCUACACGGAGAAACGCUUCGAUCCGAUUUGUUCCACGUGGAACAGCGAUGGCUAUGUCGAUGGGACAAAAAUAUUGGAAAACAGUAGCGAUCGGAGGAAAGUAGGGUCGAACGACCCUAGUCGCGCGCGAAAGAAGAGCUAGAAAAAGAUUAUAUCUUUAUUGGACUUUGCGAUCGAAGUGGUUAAAGUUGGAACAGGGUCAGUAUUAACCAGGUUCGAAUAUCUGGUUCGAGUUCAAUGAAAAUAUAGUCAAGUAGGAGUACAGCGGACACUUCUCUAAAAUCUAGUAACCCGACUGUGAUGUUUUUUGAUAAUCUACAUACAUUAUUGACCCAUACUGCUAUGUUUGAAGCUGUCGGCGCGAGUUUCCUCUUCCGCGUGCGACGAUCGUUACAUAUUUCUCACCGCGUUAGUGCACUUUAAAGAAAAGAAAAAAAAAAAAAGAAAACUUUAUACUCGAUACAAUAGCUGGUAAAUUUUAAAAGAAGGUUCUUUCACUUUACACAACAUGCCACAGGAUAUGUCAAUAGUAUUUUGCAUGAAAAUGAAACGUUUCUUGCGUUGUAGUUCGUAAUACUUAGGAAUUUUCAAACACCAUCAACCUGUUUUCCUCGGACAUGCGAUUUAGUAGAAGGAGAUGAAGAAGUUAACGGUUCAGAGGAUUGAAAGAAGCAAUACACGUUUCAUUUUGAGACUGCGGCAAUCCAAUGCCAGUAGAAACGCUGCUCAUGUUCUUACCUUUUGCAGUGCCUCGCAGUUCCUAGUUAGCCACCUCCGUCCUUAUCCACGACAACCGAUUUUUUAUCAAUUAUUGACGACGACCAUACGAAAUCGAAAUGUGAAUGAACCGAUCGUAUUCAUUUCUAAGUUGAAAACGGUUUUUUAAUGCAUUACUAAUCCCAACAAUCGUCUCCUAUUGCUUGAUUCGUGUUUGUACACGUUUUGUUUUCGCGCCGAUAUCGGCGCUGACAUCGUCUAGCAGCGUUACACUCUUACAUUAAAUACCAGGAUGUCGGGAUAAGCAGCGAAAAUUACGGCAAUGUACAAUAGAAGGCGGUAUAUUUUCCUAUAUGAAUUCGAACAUUUGAAACAAAAUAAAUGGAACUACUUUAAUUUUAAGAACUUCUAACAUCAAGUUUUUACGUAUAAAGUAUAUUGUUGGUAUAAUUUAUAUUUUUGUUUUUUUUUUUUUGUAACGAUCAUUCGUACCUGUGCCGUUAUGUUUUGCCGUAUUGCCGUCUUUCUUUGUACAGUAUCGUGUUAGUUGGCGAGGUAAAAGAAUUCGUCAGGGCCUACGCUGUGCUUAUACGAGUUUUUAAUUACAUUUUUGAUCGAGUAAAGAAUACUUCCCCAGCGCGCUACGCCACGAUGUGGUGUUUGAUCGUUGCGCGUCGUAGAUUAGUACUCAGGAUGCGAAACGAGACACAUAGUAUAUUUUGUUGACAGAGAUACCGUGUCCUGAAUAUUUUUGUUGAUAUAAAAGAAAUGGGACGAUGGUCCACCACACACUGUGAAAGCGAGGGAGGGAGAGAAAGCAUGCGAGAGAGAGAGAGAGAGAGAGAGCGAGAGUGAGAGAAAGAGAGCAAAUGAAACUGAUCUAGUCAGUGUAUUAUCGUCGGCGGCCUUAUAUUUUGUAUGUCGUAGCGCUAAUUACUUAAGUGUUCCAAGGAAAGCGAACAAACAGAACACAGGCGGAUACAGCACAACCUGUUCGAAGAUACGAUACAUCUCGGUAGUCGUUGAUAAAACGCGAAACGAACGUAACGAACCAUUGGGGGGAAUAACGUUUCAGUGAAUGUUCGUUGAAGAACACGCAUGGAAUUCAGAAUGUGAAUGACGAUCUAUCGAAUGGAUGAAUGCAUGCGAAUAUUUAGAAGCGUAAGAAGUCGUACGUGCUCCUUGGCUGCCUCGAAAUCGUGUCUCUGUUAUACGGUGAAAUACUUGGUUGUAUAAUUAGAACUUGUUGACUCGGAGCUUAGUGGGACAAGGAGACGAAUUCGAGAUGGCACGCGGAGCAUAUUAGUUUUUAGUUGCGCUCUUUUACGCAGGUACAGUAUCCUUAUAAGACUUUCGAUGAGCACCGAAUUGUUUUCCAUAAUACCAGACCUUUUCUUUUCUAUAAUUUCCUUUAUGUCGCGAGUCAAUCGGCUUAGUCUCAUUCUAAGUUAUCUUCAACCUGGUAUCAUAUCACGAUUACAAGUCUGGUUUGUUCUCUAUGAAUUUCUCUUUUGUAUGCUCGAGAGUACUGUAUGUGGGUAACGGAGGAUGAUUUUGGUAGGUACUAUACCGCGCGUCAGCGUGUAAAUCGUUUCGUCGCCCUGGUUGCGGGACGAGUCGAACCAAAUUUCUACUAGAAUAAUAGGCAACUAUACCUUUUUACUUGUCAGAGUUCGUUCACGGGUUCUACUUGAUAAGACUGCGUGUUUGUUAAAUAUGUAUGUAAGUAGUAAGUCGUCGAUAAUUCGCAGUCCCUUCUUCCUUGCCUAACGGAAUGCACUGUCGACCAGAAGCCAAGAUUUUUUUGUUUCGUCCCAUCGAGUCGAUACGAAAAUAACGUAGAACAUUUUGACGAAGCUUUUAUUUUCCAGUGUAUCGAUGAUCGACGAACGAGUCAUUUUAACUGUAGUCUUCCCAGCUAUCGAAACGAAACUCUUACGUACCUGUUAUUUUUGUAUCGAGUCGAUUAUCAUAGAACGAUGCGUUCUGUUUUGACGCGUCAAUCGGUACCUGAAGAAACAUUGAAGCAAGGACUGCGAAUGGGUUAUUUUUAAUAGUCGCGGACAUAUCAGGAGUGGGCAUAUCCUGAGAGAGUUGGUUGCUGGCGGAAUUUUGAUGAACGUUAGAUGAACAGAAGCGAAAAAAAAAAAAAAAAAGGUAGAGAUUCUGUCUGCGUGCGUGUGCGAGAGAAAAAGAGAAAAAAGCGAUGCUGUGAAAGUGUAACAGAGUACACGAGUAAAAGUACAUCGGACUUGCAAGACCGAGAGGCGCAUUUUUCUUCUUAAAGAGGGUUAUUUAUUUUAAGUAAAAACAGAUAUAUUAUAGAUACACAUAGAAGUCCAUUUGAAUCAUCUCUUCCAUACUUUUGACUACCGUUCGCGUGAACCGUCAUGAAGGUGGAUCGCAUAGACACCAGCUGUACAUAUUAUUACGAGAGGGAGAGAGAGAGAGAGAGAGAGAGAGAGAGGGAGAGAAACAGAAAUACAAUACUAUUUCAGCGAUUCGUUUUGCGAUUUCCAAGAUUGGGUCAUCAUAUACAAAGUGGGAUUUUUCGCUCUUAUGAUCGUCCGUUCGACAUAAAUAAAAUAGAUGGGGGAAAUACAGAUGACGAUGAUAAUAAUUCUAAUAACUAAGAAUUAGUUAACGGUAACGAUGUGGAAAAAAACAGAUUUCAGCGAAGCUAUAUAUAUAUAUAUAUUAUAUUAUAUAUAUUGUAAAAAAAUUCCUAUAUACAAAAAUAAAGUUAAGGCUCCAAUUUUUACCAAAAAA